ACUCUCUCUCUCAACGUUUUGCCUUAAGUUCAAACCCCACGGAUGGGGAGCGGCACGUGACCCCCCCGCCGGCCGCCCGAGCGCAGGUUAACGGCCACAAAGUUCGAUCCCCCGGUAACAGGUGAUGGCUCGGACGGGCUCCGGUGCCCUGCUCUCCCGCCGCAACGUCAAGCUGGACUCGUUCCUGAAGCGGAACACGGCGCGCGCGGUGUACGAGCGGAUCCGAGCCCACGAGCCGUGCGUGGUGAUCACGGAGACCAUCAACAAGGUGUACAUGCACGUGGUGCUGAGCGACGAGUGCGUGUACCUGGCCGAGUACCCGCCGCGCACGCUCACCGAGGCCUUUACCUUCAGGCGCGUGCGUGACAUUGAGCUGGUCAACGACCUCCCAGAUUUCCUCCAUGGGAGGAGCCGCGACCUCUGCCAGCACAUUCGAGUCACCUACGUGACGGACAAGCCCGCCGUGAGAGGCCGUGAUUGGCUGAGGAGGGACAGGAAGGUGGGGCUUCCCACCGCGGCCCCGCCCUCUCGCAGGACCAGCCACUGCCCGGCGAUAACGUACACCUUAGAAGGACAUCCUGCACAGAGGAGCCCCGCGGAGCUUCCCCCGUUACCUCCCUCGCGUUCCGCCUCCUGCCCGGACCCAGAGACCCUGGGCCUCGUCGGGGUGCCGCACCCCCCCGACCGGCCUCCCUCCGCGGCGCCGUCCGCCGCCGCCUCGCCCACCUCUCCUCUGUCGCCGGCCAGCCGCAGGCUUCACCUCCCAGACACCACGCAGGUCCCGAGGCGGAUCGGGUCGGUCCUGUCCCGCCUGCUGAGGAAGGACUCGGCGAGCGGCGGCGAGGAGAGGGAGGCCGAGCUGCAUUUCUACGCCGUGUCGGACGCGUCCAGACUUUACCUCCACCUGCAGAGCUCCUGGAACAGCUUCAUCAUUAGGUCCACGCUGUCCUUGGACCCCCUCCACAGGACGAGGUGCAGCGCCUCGUCUGACUCCGGUCCCGGAAAGCGACUCCCCGCCGUCAGGUACCGAAGGUCUCCUGUAACACCACGCUGCCAGAGAAGCACAAUCAUGCGUGUCUAUGACCUGCUGUCUGUGUGUGUGUGUGUGUGUGUGUGCAGCUGGGAGCGGACGGCUCACCUGUUCGGUCAGCUGAGCUGCGAGCUCCUGCAGGAGGGGAUCAGCGUGGAGAACCUCUACCUGCUGCUGCAGGAGCUGAGGACCGCCGCUCAGCGCGACGUCACCCUGCGCCGCCUCUUCUGGAACUCCAGCGAGCUGUUGGACUUCCUGGUUCAGACUCUGGAGGAAUCUCUGCACGGCCGCCAGAGCCUCAGCGGAGCCUCCGCGGCAGAUCAGCUACUGCUGAGCACCCUGAUCGCCCAGACGCUCGCCCUCAUGUUCAGAGAGACGGAGGUCGAACCCGCCAGACUCAACCUGCUCUCUGCCAAAAAAGGAGUCCUGGCCUCUAGGAUGCUGCGGGCCUUGAUGUGUGACGCGGAGCUGCGGACGCAGGACCAAAGGUCCCUGACGGACGGAGAGCGGCAGGCCUUGCUCGCCGAGUACCUGGACGCUGCCUGCUCGCUGCUCUUUGAGCUCCUGCUUUUAGGCCACGACGCCAGCCGGUGUUCCUCUGCUGACCACUUCCUGUCCGUUGGCUGGAUCCUCCGAGUCCUGCAGCCUCUUCCCCAAACGUUGUCCUUCAUCGGGUACCAGGUCCAGCAGGUGGUCCUGGUUCUGUCGGACCCGCAGGACUCCUUCCUGAGUCCGCUUCAGUCCGUUGUGCUGUUCCAGCGCUGCCGCCUGCUGCUGGCCUGCCUGCAGUACAACGAGCCGCUGGCGCAGCACCUGCGCUCCCACUUCAGAGAGGAGUUCAGGUACUCUGUGAAGCUGUCGUGCGCCGAGGAGAAGCUUCCGCCUCACUACCCAAUCAGCCGACCAACCCUCCACCUGGUGGAGCAGAUCCUGGCUCUCCACCGGCACCGAUGAUCCCAGACAGAAGCAGACCGGGCCCUCGGGGGGGUUUGGGCUCUGGGCCGCCGAGGAACCGAGCUGGACGCCCGCUCGCUGCUACAAGCGAAGCAACAAGGAACUCAGCAGAAUUCUAAUAGCACUUCUUUCUACCACCGUUUAUUUGUUCUGUUACCAAAAUACUUCUUUAAUGCCGUAAAGCAGAAAUCUUAGCAUGCUAACCGUAGCUUAGCAUAUUAGCCUGCGCGCUGCUGCUAGUUG